AUGGCCCGCGGACCGAACUGGCUCAGCAAAGAGGACGCACAACUAGCAAGGAGUUGGCUCCACACAUCACAGAAUCCCAUCUAUGCAAACGCAAUGAAGCGUGAUCAGUUUUGGGAGCAUGCAGCCGAACAUUUCAAUGAAAACUCACCUGGAGGUCACCGAGAAGGAAAAGAUCUUUCAACUCGGUGGGCCAAGCUCCGGGCAGCUGUGACAAAAUUUUGCGGGAUAUACGCAUCCAUCAAGCGCAACCCACCGUCUGGAAGCGAGACACUCGAUUGGCUUAGUCAGGCAAAGACACUCUUCUCGAAUCAAACUGGCAAGCCUUUUGUCUUUGAGAGUGCAUGGAUGGAGCUCCGAGAUGCCCCAAAAUGGCAAAUCCUGUUGGAUAAGACACCAGCGCCGACCCUUCUUCCCAACUCUCAAUCACAAUCAGGAUCACCAGCACCACCGCAAUCCAGUGGCACUGUUCCAAAUCCGCCAAAUACACCGACUAGCGAACAGGCUGCCAAUUCUCCUAGCGCAAACGACGGAAGACGACCGACUGGGGUCAAAGCAGCAAAAAGGGCUUUGACCCAGAACGAAUUCCUCCAGAAGAAAUUGAAACUAAUGGAGACAUCAGCCAAAGAGAGCCGCGAUUUGAGUCAGAAGAGAUUUCAAGAAAUGUCGCGCGCAAACGACUUACAAGAGAAGGUCGUGGACAUGGACAUUUUGUCGAAGGAUCUCUCGAUGUGUGUUGACGAAUUUGAACGAGCCUAUUACACAAGAGCAAAGAAGGACAUCCUCAAGAAGUUGGAAGAGGCCAAGAAUCAGCCACCCCCACCUCCACCAACCAACGAUCAAGCCCCAUCAUCGUCAACCAAUCUUGAGAGUCAAGACGACGGGACCAAGUCUCUUGCUUCUUCUCAUCGCGAUCCCCUCAAUCUUACAUCGGAACCCAACGAAUCGCAGGUUGAUGACAAAGAAGAGGGAGCCGAGGACCACGAUGGUCCAGUUGGUGAUGCCUGCGACAAUCUCAACAUUGACCCAGCCUUCUUAUGA